CCUUCUCCUUUUUGUUGUCCACAUCUUGAAUAUAAUUUGUUAAGAAUAGUUGGUUUUUCUCCAUUGUCUGCAAAAGAUGCAAGAUGUUCCACGGUAACACGAAUCUGAAAAUUCUCUUUCUUCUCGCUGGCUCUUUGGGGGCUUCCAGACUUUUUCCUUAUCCACUUAUUGUCCUGGAUGUGCCCUCUGAUGGCAUCAAAGAAGGAGACACCAUCAAGAUUGUAUGUGCAGCACCCAGGGCCUAUGUGGAUGCCUGGUUCUAUUUGCUCAAAGGGGAACAAGCCCAGCAAGUUCAGAUUCAGCCAGCUGCAGAAACCCAACACGCUGUUACUUUUCAUCUGGAGAACAUCACUAUUGGAGAUGGGGGCCAAUAUAGGUGUCAAUAUGGCCUCUAUAAUGGAAGCCAGUUGCAGAUGUCUGAACUCAGCUUUGUCCUGGAGAUCACAGUGGAGGAGUCCAGUUUAACUACUUCAGUUCCAACUGAUCCUCCAAAUUCUGGCUCAAAAGGUUCAGCUUGGGUUCUCCCCACUGCUUUGAGUGUGACUGGAGUAUUACUACUGAUUUUGAUCCUGGUGGUUGCUGUGAUCGCAGUUGGACGAUUGAAAGAAAGAAGACAGAAGAAAAGGGUGUUGGAUUCCUGCUGGACAGAAACAAGUUACCCUGCAACAGAGACGUCCUUUGAUAACAGCAUGUACACUGUUUCCGUGGAAGUGAGCAUGGUCUUGUGAUGUCACCAGGACCGUUGAUGCUGCGAAUGACAACAGAGACUAGUGUGCUGGUGGCAGCAGGGACAGGGGCCUUCACUGCCUUCGUCUGCUGUACUCCAUGUGCCUCAGAUUCCCUUUGGAGAAUUUUUGCAGUUAUAUCUGACUCAAGAAGUGGUAUGGAAGCAACAAAAACCACUUGCCGGUGUACUUAGCCUUGGUGUACAUUCUCAAGGCCUUGUUUAUCUCAGUUAAAAGGACACAAUGGAUCAUUAUCCUUUAAAUCAGAAAGCGGAGACUCCUUGCUUUUGACCUUAUCUGAAUGAAGCAUGUCUACUUCUACAGAUAGGUUCAAGGAGGAACAGAACUUUACCAGCUCACUUGGAAGUGCCACAGUUAUAUCAUAAUAUGGUUUCCAGAGACAACUGCUUUGUGGGGGAAAGGCCCACAGUCAAUACGAUGUGUAGGAAUAGGUUUUAAUAUCAAUGCAGGUUGGUUCAUUUGCUCUGGUAGUCUGAAUCUUCAGAGAAGCCUUGCUGGAUUGAUGUAUUUGGUUCACUCAGACCGGCUUACAGCAAGAAUUCAAUGCUUAGUUGGUGAUCUAUACCGGGAGCAAGUCAGGGGGAGUGUGUCCCUGUUGGUUCUGCUGGACCUCUCACUGGCCUUCGAUACCGUCGACCAUGGUAUCCUUCUGAGAUGCCUCGCUGGAAUGGGCCUUGGAGGUACUGGAGCCUUGCAGUGGCUCCAGUCCUUCCUCAAGGGUCGUUCCCAGAAGGUGUUGUUAGGGGACUCCUGCUCAGCCCCAUGGCCAUUGUACUGUGGGGUCCCGCAGGGCUCAGUAUUGUCUCUUAUGUUAUUUAACAUAUACAUGAAGCUGUUGGGGGAGAUCAUCCGGAGUUUUGGGGUACGGUGUCAUCUGUAUGCAGAUGAUGUCCAACUCUGUCUCUCCUUCCCACCUGUACUAAGGAGGCUGUCCAGGUCCUGAACCGGUGCUUGGCCGCUGUAACGGACUGGAUGAGAGCCAACAAAUUGAAGCUAAAUCCAGACAAGACAGAGGUACUCCUGGUCAGUCGUAAGGUUGAACAAGGCAUAGGGCUACAGCCUGUGUUGGAUGGGGGUUACACUCCCCCUAAAGGCACAGGUUCACAGCUUGGGAGUGAACCUGGACUCAUCGCUGAGCCUGGACUCAUCGCUGAGCUUUUGCGCAGCUAAAGCUUGUGUGCCAGCUGCGUCUGUACCUUGGCAAGUCUGACUUGGCCACUGUGGUCCACGCUCUGGUUACAUCCUGUCUAGACUACUGCAAGACUCUACGUGGGGAUGCCUCUGAAGACUGCCCGGAAGCUGCAAUUAGUCCAAUGCUUGGCAGCCAGGCUACCGACGGGAGCGGGGUACAGGGAGCGCAUAACUCCCUUGUUGUGCCAGCUCCACUGGCUGCCAAUUAGCUUCUGAGCACAAUUCAAAGUGCUGGUGUUAACCUACAAAACCCUGAGCUGGGCCGGGCUGGUAGCACAACUAGUUAAUUAGCUGCAAUAAAUCACUACCGAUCGAAAGGUGGCAAGUUCGAAGCCCGAGUCAGGGUUGAGUGCCCGACUGUUAAUAGCUGCUAAAAAAAUUAGUUGUUUAAAAAAUGCCCAGCUGUGAACUGUGAGUAGAGGAAUUAGGGACAGAUUAAAGCUAAUUUAUGACAUCAUAAAAAUGCCGGAGCGCAAGGAGGAAAUGCUAUGAUCAAAAAGGCUCGAUGAAUCGAGCAACCUCUAGGAUCCAAAAUGGAAGAACUGCUGAAUGGCCUCUGUCUGUCUGUCUGUCUAAAACGACAUUGAAUGUUUGCUGUAUAUAUGUACAUUGUGAUCUACCCUGAGUCCCCUUCAGGGUGAGAAAGGCGGAAUAUAAAUACUGUAAAUAAAUAAAGAUAUGAUUCUGGCCAGUUUACCUGUCUGAACGUAUUCUCCCCUAUGAACCAUCAAGGCUGUUAAGAUCUUCUGGAGGGACCCUGCUCUCAGUCCCACCAUUUUUGCAAUCG